AAAUAUGGGAUGAAACUGACGUGUGAUGAGAACGACGCUGAGGUCUACUAUCACUACAAAGAACAAAUGGUUGCCUACUAUGACAACAAAGCGGGACGAGUCGUGACAACAGUGCCAGAACUUCCUGAUCCAUUCGUGUUCCCAGAUGUUUCCAGAGAUGCUGUCAAUAAUGAGAAUUACUGUAAGAAGGGGUUAACAAUGAUAAACGAGUUCUACGCGAACCAAACUGAGGAGCUUGAGCCUCCUUGGGUCUCCCUCUACCCAAAGCGUCAGAUGGAGCUGAGUAUAAACAACACGCUCAUCUGUCACAUACUUGAAUUCUUCCCACCGCCGGUCAGAGUGACCUGGACUAGGAAUAACCUGAACAUGAAGGAGGGAGUAACACUGAGUCCGUACUACCAGAACAAUGACGGGACGAUCAGCGUGUUUUCUACUCUGAGCUUCAUUCCGGAGGAAGGGGACAUUUACAGCUGCACAGUGGAGCAUCGCGCCCUGGAGAGACCACUGACCAGAAUACUGGAUGUGGAGGUGGACAAGCCCAGCGUGUUGCCCACAGUGGUGUGUGCGGUGGGAUUGUGUCUUGGCGUGGCUGGAGCGGCUGCUGGAGUUUUUCUCAUCUUCAGAGCAAACAAACACCAGAACUGAUUUAGGUGUAAACAUACAAUUCUUAAAAGGCUUUUGAAAUGUGGAACAAAGUGUGUGUAUAAUUUCUCCACAUUUUCCACAGAUAGUCCAGACUGACAGGUUAUGAACUGAAUGUUCACAUAAUCAAUAUACAACAAGACACAUUAUUAUUACUGCCAGACUAAUUGUAAACACUACAUAUGAAAGCAAUUACACAGAUUGUAUCUUUUAAAUUAUAAUGUCCCUACAUAUUUGGGAUAAUCAUCUGUGGACAGACUAAUCUGAAAUGUAACCUCUUAGACAACAGUUCUUCAGUGUAUGGUUUAAAAUCGUCUAAUUCUGCAAUUCCACAGUAGGGAGAUUAUUAGAUAAUUUCUGAAGUGCCAUUUAAAGCAUUAUGUGAAAAAUGGUCUUGUUCUUGUGUGUUUGUGUGUGUGUUGGUAAUUCACCUUUACUCCACUGCUCUAAAUACUGGUUCCGG